AGACUGUCUGGAUUGUCCAUGUCUCCCAGUUCACAUCUGACGAUCAUUAAACAUUUUCCCUCAUACGAGUUGCUUGACUUUCAGCCGACGCUGUAAGUGCCAUCGACAGAAGAUAGGAUUCAGGGAUAAUGAAAACGAUAGUCAUAUUCUUGUUCGCAGUGGUUGCAACCACGACGACGUUAGAAUUGCCCAGUAAUUUCAAAGUUUGCAAGAGGUCAGACCCGAAAGUAUUAGACUGCGUCGCGGAUGCCGUCAAAGAUGCAAUUAUCUCAAUGGCCAAAGGUUUGAAGAGCUUCAAAAUCUUACCUCUUGAACCGCUGGCGAUCAGCAGUGUGAAAAUCGGCGAAUCUCAAGGCGCGGUGUCGAUCGAACAGGAAUAUCGGAAUAUUAAGCUGCAUGGACUAACGAAGGGACUGCAACUCUAUAAUUAUCAGAUAGACUGGGAUAAUUUAAUAUUCAGAUCAGAGACUUUCACUCCCCAAGUGGAUUUCGUUGCAGAUUAUAAACUUGAAGGCAAGGUUUUGCUACUGCCAGUGCAAGGAGAGGGUAGAUCUAAUAUAACCAUGUAUAACCUAACGACGAAACACGAAAUACAUUUUGAGAAGUUUCAGAAGGAUGGGGAAACCUACAUGCGAGCAGUUAAAUAUUCUAUCAAGCUUUUUUCCAAACACAAAACAUUACGCUUUGAUAAUCUCUUCAAUGGAAAUACCUUCUUAGGUGAGGAAAUGAAUAAAUUCCUCAAUACGAAUGGCGAUCUACUCUUCAAGGAGCUUCAAGCUUCUUAUGAAGAAACCUUCAGUUUAGUUUUCAUUAAAAUUACUAAUGAUAUUUUCACCCGCGUGCCAAUGAAUAAGAUUUUUAUGUAAAUCAAUAAUCACAUUUUAUUAUAAAAUUUUAAAUUAUUAUUUUUUUCUUAAUUAGAUAAUUUUAUAAAAUAAUUUUAUAUAUACGCGAUACUUGACAUGGCAAAGUCAAAUAAUAAAAUGCAUACACACAUAUAUUCAAUAAUUAUUGAAUAUAUUGUGUAUUUAUUUGUGAUUUAUGUAUAGUGCAUAAUUUUAACUUCAAAGCCAUUUAAAUCUUACUAGUUUCCACUUUUGUCAAAGCUAAAAUUAUGCUUACAAUCUUAACUUCCAAAAAUUUGAAACCUAAGGUCUUUUAAUACAAAAUUGCAAUGUAUGCCAAAAUUUCUCGUAGCAUUAUAGUUUAUAAGAGUUAACAAAAAUAAUUUCCAACGCUUUCUAAAAAAUAUAUAUAUACCACAUAAAUUACAUUGUAAUGUUUAAAAUUAUAC